UUCACUUUGAAAGCAAAACACGGAGGUAUGUGCCGCUCUUGUGUGAAAGAAGAAUAUCCUGAUAGGGAGUCAGUAUGCCUAGAAAGUGGAUCAUAUAUGAUGAAUUAUGCAGGCUGUAGCCAGUGUGGGGAAAGCUCUGCUAUUGUUAUGGUGAACAAGCAAACGACAGAAGAUGAGGAUGGUCAGGAAGUAAUCACAUAUCAACAUAUCUGCCAGUCCUGUUCUCAUGUGAUAGCCAACCACGAGCAUGUGUUUCAUGUGGAAGAUGACUACCAGGUCUAUGGGAUGUACUGCCUAUUAUGUGGACAGGCCGAUGACCAAAGAAGUAUACUGCCAUGUGACCCCAAUGGGCCGAGAAAAGAUUCAUCAGACUUUGACUGAUCUUAACAGACAGUGUUAACAUGGCAGCCUCCCUGAAUUGUCAAAUUCAUAAUAUCUGUGGACCAAAAUAAGAUUUUAGUGUGAAAAAUGUGGUUUAUUGAUAGUUUUUGGCCAAAUGCUCAAAAUAACACAGAACAGAUCUUGGAAUUUAAUGAUAGCCACAGGGUUCUGUAAUCCACUUCAGGAAUAUCAUGGCAUGUGAACAUGUUGACUUCUAACAAGACAUUGAUAUUUACCGUAAUAUUUUACUAGAAAAUAAUAAUGAAAAUAAAAUAA